CGACGGUCGAAGCAUAUUGUCGUACAAAAUGAGAUUUCACGAACUUCCUCCUAUAUUUGUCGGUACUAUUAUUCGACAAUUAAAUUUACUCAAAUUUAUCGGAAUAGACGUUCUUGAUGAAAGUAAUUGUAACUUCAUAAAGCAAAACGUUCGAAUAAUGUUAGUCGGCAGUUUUCUUAUAACAAUGUUAAUUGGUCAAGUCCUUUAUAUUUUAAAGGCUGAAAAGAUUGGCGCCAGCUUCCUGGACGUAGUUAACGCUAUUCCAACGGUUUUGAUAGUCUUUCAAGUAUGCUUGAAAACGAUAGUUCUUACCGUCAAGAAAAAACAACUUCGAGAUAUAAUUUUGGAUAUAGGAAAAGAGUGGCCCGAUUUUGUUAACGAGGAGAAAAGUAUGGUCAUACGUACAUGGACCAAACGCUUGAAAAUCUUUGAUAAUGCAUUUUUCAGAGCCGCUGUUGUUUCAAUAUUAUGUUUUUCUAUUUCGCCGUUGCUAAUCACAAUUUAUAAAAUCUCAACUCAAACUGACAUGAGGUACGAAUUGAUCGUACAAGUUCAUUACUUUUGUGACAUCGACUCCACCCUCAAAUACGCAUUAUUUUAUUUCCAACAGUUUAUUCUAUUUGUAGGUGUUCUAACACAUCUUUGUAUCUACAUCGCUUGUGACUUAGUCCUGGUAGAUCUGAUCUUUGACUUAAGCACUCUUCUGUGUUUAGUGCAAAUAGAUCUUAAAAAUUUGCGACGACCGCCUCAUAGACACAUUACAGAAGAUGACUGUGAUGAUGUGAAUAAAAUUGCUAGAAAACAUCAGACUUUGUUACGGUUAACCGAGAGGUUAAAUGAUAUUUUUGGACCAGUUAUAUUUACUCAAUUAUCGUUUUCAUCAAUCGUCAUUUGCUGCUAUGGUUUUUUGGCAAUUAUCGCAAACGGAAUGUUCCUGAAGAAUAUAACCGCUUCAUUUGGCAUUAUGUUUGCAAUAUUUGUGUUAGCUUGGCCUGGACAAAAGCUAAUUGACACGAGUUCGGGCGUCGCGGAAGCAGCUUACCAAUGUGAUUGGUAUGAAAGGAAUAACAAAUUCAGAAAAUAUAUUUCAAUUAUGGUUGUAAGAUCUAGAAAGCCGUGUAAACUAUCUGCUUUAGGAUUUUCUGAUCUGACGCUUGAAAUGUUUUCGAAGGUUAUAAGUACAUCUUGGUCAUACUUGUCACUGUUGAAUCAGAUGUACAAGGAUUUCGAUCCGUAGAACGAUUUGCGCGAAAGCACAUAGGCGAAUGAAUGCGCAAUUGUCAAGAAAACAAAAAAAAAUUUUUGCACAACAUCUGUUUGAUCGUCCCUUGAACAGGCAUUGGCACAGAAUAAGGAAAUA